AUACAACCGUUGUGAUUGUUAUAAUUUAUACUAUAGUAAUUGAUAAAUAAUGACUGUUUUAUUGACACAAUGACACAAUGACACAGUCUUGAUCAUUAUUUGUGUCGAAUAUGGCCGACUGUCGUGAGGUCCACGUUAUAAUGACAGUGUUUGAUUGCCAAUAACCAUAGAGAAACAAUAGCGUUUAUAGGCAAUUAUAUUAUUAUGUGAAUAUGUCGGAGACUUGAAACGGUGAGAGAGAAGAAUGAGAAACAAAAGAGAUAGAUAGACUGAACCAUAACUUGGGGCUUAAUUCUUUCAAGAAACUUAAUUCAAGUUCAACUUUUGAAGGAAUUGGGAAUGUUGUUGACUCGAGUUAAGUUCCUGAGGAACCAAUAUUGUGCUGGUUUUGCUGCCAAUGCGACGAUACUGCUAUGCGGGAGCUGCUUUGUAUGGGUGACCCCUCUGCUUCCCCGAUUAUCCGAUCAAGCAGGCACUUCUCCACUGGUUAGCAUGACUCCUACUCAGCAAUCUUGGCUGGUCGCGCUCUAUGAGGUGGGCGCCCUAGCUGCUCCGAUCCCGGCCGGCUUCCUGGCAGACAAGACGGGUCGUCGGGUGGCGAUGUUGGCAGGAAUGCCGUUGCUUCUUUUUAGCUGGUUGGCUGUCUUCAGUUUCCGAAGUGUUCAAGGAUUCUACGCUGCUAGGCUCCUACAAGGCACAGCACUUGGCUUCCUUGGAACCGCAGCUGGCAUCUACAUCAGCGAAAUCACUUCUGCGCAUGCGCGAGGUACGAUGACGUCACUGCAACAGGGCAUGUGGUACUCAGGAUUUCUCCUCCAAUACAUCACCGGCUCCUACCUCACCUAUGACGUCAACGUACAUGUCAACCUUACUCUCACUGUCGCACUAUUUAUGUAUCUGAUAAUAUUCCAGCAAGAAACGCCCUACUAUCUGGUCAAAAUCGGUGAAAAAGAGCGUGCAUUUAAGUCUCUAAUGAAUCUGCGGGGGAAGACAUUGUACGACGAUCUGACGGAAACAUAUGGGGAGAUGUCACAGAUUGUGGAGAGUGUCGAGAUGGAGCGAAACUGUGGCAAGGUUAGUGCGUCACAGAUUGUCAAAAACAUUGAAACAGAGAGGAACUGUGCAAAGGUUCGUGCACCACAGAUUGUCAAAAACAUUGAAACAGAGCAGAACUGUGCAAAGAUUCGUGCAUCACAGAUUGUCAACACCGACCGACCAGAGCAGAACUGUGCAAAAGUGGACGAUUCAACUGAAACACAGAUUUUAGACAGAGUCGAAACGCAGCAAAAUCAUACCAAAGUCAGGUGGACAGACCUGGUCAAAACGUCAGCUGAUCGAAAAAUAUUGCUUGUGACACAAUUUCUGACCGCUGCUAGGAUUCUCUGUGGGAGUAUUUCUGUGUCUACCUACAUCAACCUGCUUCUGACAAACGAUUCUCAAAACAGUUUGACCAGUUCUCAAAAUUUGAGUGACAGUUUGACAAGGUUUUUGACCAAUUCGUCUAAUGAUUCUCAGAAUUUGACUGACGGUUUGACAAGGCUUUGGCCCAAUCUGACUAACGAUCCUCAAAAUUUGACUGACGGUUUGACAAGGUUUUUGAUCAAUUCGUCGACUGAUUCUCAAAAUUUGACAAGGCUUUUGACCAAUUCGAAUAACAGUUUGACCGAUUCUCAAAAUUUGACCAACAGUUUGACCGAUUCUCAAAAUUUGCCUAACAGUUUCACAAGGUUUUUGACCAAUUCGACUAACAAUUCUCAAAAUUUGACUAAUAUUUUGACAAGGCUUUUGACAAAUUCAACCAACAGUUCGACUGAUUCUCAAAAUUUGAUGAACAAUUCUACAAGCGUGACAACAAUAAUCUAUGGAACAGUGACCUUGGUGACUAUAAUUUCCGCCAGCUUUCUAGUAGAUGUGGUGGGUAGACGAGUUCUGCUAUUGGUGUCCAGCGGGGGAGCAUUUUUGGCCAACUUUUGUUGCGCACUGUACUUCUACCACCCACCACUCCUCGACACAACACUACCCCUCUCUUUUCUCCUCACAGGGUUCACGUUUUUCUUCUCACUCGGACUGGGACCUGUGACACAGACUGUGCAGUCAGAACUGUUACCCUCGCAUACCCGGGGUUUGGGCAAUGUGGUGUCUCUAGUCAAUGUAACGUUGACCGGCUUGGUGACUUUGCGCUGCUACCAGAUAGUGGUUGACCAGAUUGGAAUCUACGCGAAUUUCGUGAUUUAUGCGGCGGUGUGUGCGUUGUGUUUUGUUUUUGUGCUGAUUUUUGUGCCCGAGACUAGAGGAAAGUCUUUGUUGGAAAUUAGGAGACAUUUUAUUGAUGAAGCGAGAGAGAGAAUACAGGUGACUAAGUUCUAGAAAAAGAUAAAAUAUAUUCAACAGCUUUAGUAACCUC